UGGAACAAAUCAACAAACGAUCGAGUAUCGAAUUCACUCUCACUCUCUCUCUCUCUCUCUCUCUCUCUCGCGGGGUUCUUUUUUUUUUUUUUUUUUCUGUUCACGCAUUUCCUGGAACUUCUCUGAGGUCUUUCCGAGAGAUGACCCUUGCUCACCACGUUUUCCCCUGUGCACGGCUUUCUAUCGUCUCCUCUGCUUCUCUCUUGACUUUAACCCUCGAAAUUCUACAAACUGUGUCUUAUAUAAACCCAUCUCUCAAGCUUCCUUUCACUCCCUAAUUCACAACCCAACCCACGUCCUGCAAGUUGCAAAACCCAAACAACUCUGCAAAAAUGGAAGCUCUGUCCACGGUACUCUCACGUCCAUCUACACUACUAAUGUACCCAGGUAGCGAUUUUCUCCUUAAACCCAAUUUCUCGCGUGGGUUUUCUGCUUCUUUGCAUUUGAUCUUGUUGCUGGUUUUAAUCAUUUCGUGGGUGUGCAAGAUAAUCAAAGGAGGUAUCGUUGAAGGUUCAAAAGAGAGGUAUAGGAAUACCAGGUUCUUGUACUACAAACAGACCCUUUUUGCUUGUUUGGGUUUGGCGAUUUUCAGUCUUGUGCUGUGUUGUUUAAACUACUUCUAUUGGUAUAGAAAUGGGUGGUCUGAUGAAAAGCUGGUGACCCUUUUGGAUUUAGUGCUCAGAACAUUAGCUUGGUUAGCUGUUUCUGUUUACUUGCACACCCAAUUCUCUAAUAAUUCAGGUGAACCAAAGUUCCCAUUUUUAUUGAGAACUUGGUGGUGUUUCUACUUCUUUAUCUCUUCUUAUUGCCUUGUUAUAGACAUUGUUCUUAGUGAAAAGCAACAGUCUUUACCAACUCAAUUUUUAUUGUCAGAUAUCGUUUUUGUCAUUUCGGGUUUGUUCUUCUGUUAUUUGGGGUUUUUUGGGAAGAGUGAUGGGGAAGAUGAAGAUGCCCUUCUUCAAGAGCCCCUUUUGAAUGGCAACGGCAGCACUAGUCUUGGUAAUGCUGCAGUGUCAAAAAAGUCCAGUGGUAGCAAAACUGUAACACCAUACUCAAAUGCUAAUAUAUUCAGUGUCCUUACUUUCGCUUGGAUGGGUCCUCUGAUUGCAGUCGGUAAGAAGAAAACCUUAGACCUUGAGGAUGUUCCCCAGCUUGCUGCUAGUGAUAGUGUUCACGAGGCAUAUUCAAAUUUUAGAGAUAAGCUCCAGUCCUGUAGUAGUGAUAGGAAUGGAGUGACAACACUUCAGCUAGUGAAGACAUUGAUCUUUACAGCAUGGAGAGAAAUUCUAUUGACAGCUUUAUUUGCCCUUCUAUGCACAUUAGCCUCCUAUGUUGGUCCUUACCUUAUCAAUACCUUUGUCCAAUACCUCAAUGGACAACGAGACUUCAAAAAUGAAGGUUAUAUUUUGGUUUCUGCGUUCUUUGUUGCAAAGCUCGUCGAGUGCCUCUCACAAAGGCAUUGGUUCUUUAGAUUGCAACAGGUUGGGAUUAGGGUCCGAGCAAUACUUGUUGCAAUGAUCUACAGUAAAGGUUUGACACUUUCGUGCCAAUCCAAGCAAAGCCGCACUAGUGGAGAGAUCAUUAAUUUCAUGACUGUUGAUGCUGAGAGGGUGGGCGACUUCAGUUGGUACAUGCAUGAUCCAUGGAUGGUACUUCUGCAAGUUUCUUUGGCCUUGAUUAUCUUGUAUAAGAAUCUUGGGCUGGCUUCAAUUGCUGCUUUCAUUACAACCGUGCUUGUUAUGUUGGCAAAUGUUCCCUUGGGUUCAUUACAGGAGAAGUAUCAGGACAAGCUUAUGGAGUCCAAAGACAAAAGGAUGAAGGCGACAUCUGAGAUCUUAAGGAACAUGAGGAUUCUCAAACUUCAAGGAUGGGAGAUGAAAUUUUUGUCAAAAAUUGUUGGUCUCAGGAAGAAUGAGACCGAAUGGCUGAGAAAAUUUGUUUAUACUUCAGCCAUGACAACUUUUGUCUUCUGGGGUGCCCCCACAUUUGUCUCUGUGGUCACUUUUGGUACUUGUAUGUUAAUGGGGAUCCCACUAGACUCUGGAAAGAUCUUAUCUGCGCUAGCAACAUUCAGGGUUCUUCAAGAGCCUAUUUACAAUCUUCCCGACACAAUCUCAAUGAUAGUUCAGACUAAAGUUUCCCUUGACAGAAUUGCUUCAUUCCUUCGUCUUGAUGACCUACAGGCUGAUGUUGUAGAGAAGCUUCCAAGGGGUAGCACUGAUGCAGCAAUUGAGGUAGUUGAUGGGCAUUUCUCAUGGGAUUUGUCUUCCCCUAAUCCAACACUGAAAGAUAUAAACUUAAAGGUGUGUCAUGGCAUGAGGGUUGCUGUCUGUGGUGCAGUUGGUUCGGGCAAGUCAAGCUUACUUUCCUCUAUCUUGGGAGAAGUGCCUAAGAUAUCUGGGAUCCUUAGGUUGAGUGGGACAAAGGCUUAUGUUGCUCAAUCACCCUGGAUACAGAGUGGAAAGAUAGAAGAAAAUAUUUUAUUUGGAAAGGAAAUGGACAGAGGGAGAUAUGAAAGGGUUCUUGAAGCUUGUUCCUUGAAUAAGGACCUGGAAAUUCUCUCCUUUGGUGAUCAGACUGUUAUAGGUGAGAGAGGAAUCAAUCUGAGUGGUGGACAGAAGCAGAGAAUACAGAUUGCCCGUGCUCUGUACCAAGAUGCCGAUAUUUAUCUAUUUGAUGAUCCAUUUAGUGCCGUGGAUGCCCAUACAGGAAGCCAUCUCUUUAAGGAAUGUUUGUUGGGGCUUUUGAGUUCAAAAAGUGUAAUUUAUAUUACUCAUCAAGUAGAGUUCUUGCCCGCUGCUGAUCUAAUCCUGGUCAUGAAAGAUGGAAGGAUUACACAAGCUGGAAAGUACAAUGACAUUCUCAAUUCAGGAACUGACUUUAUGGAUCUUGUGGGUGCACACAAGAAAGCUUUGUCAGUGCUCAAUUCCGUAGAGACAGGGCCAAUCUCUGAAAAUAUAAGUACCGGGAAGGAAGAUAGUGAUGUGGGAAGGAACGAGAAGGUUGUGCUGAGAGAAGGGAUCCAAGAUGGUCAGAAUGGGAAAGUAGAUGAUACGGCAGACCCAAAAGGACAGCUUGUUCAAGAAGAAGAGAGGGAGAAAGGUAAAGUUGAUUUUUCAGUGUACUGGAAGUAUAUCACAACAGCAUAUGGAGGAGCUCUUGUCCCUUUCAUAUUGUUGGCACAGAUUCUUUUUCAGCUCCUUCAAAUUGGAAGCAACUAUUGGAUGGCUUGGGCCACUCCCACAUCACUGGACGAAAAUCCUCCUGUUGAGGGCUCUACUCUUAUAACUGUUUAUGUAGCUUUGGCCAUUGGAAGUUCUUUUUGUGUCCUUGUGAGAGCGUUGCUUCUUGUAACAGCUGGGUACAAGACAGCUACGCUACUUUUCAAUAAGAUGCAUUUGUGCAUUUUUCGCACACCCAUGUCUUUCUUUGAUGCCACCCCAAGUGGAAGAAUCCUAAAUAGAGCUUCUACAGACCAAAGCGCUGUGGAUAUGAACAUUCCAUUUCAAGUCGGGGCAUUUGCAUUUUCAAUGAUACAGCUCAUAGGAAUUAUUGCAGUAAUGUCCCAGGUUGCAUGGCAGGUCUUCCUGAUUUUCAUCCCUAUUAUUGCAGCCUGCAUCUGGUACCAGCAAUAUUACAUACCUUCGGCCCGGGAACUAUCACGGUUGGUUGGAGUCUGCAAAGCUCCAGUGAUACAGCAUUUUGCUGAAACACUCUCAGGAUCAACGACUAUCAGAAGCUUCGAUCAGGAAUCUAGAUUCCAGGACACAAUUAUGAAUUUGGCAGAUGGGUAUUCUAGGCCCAAGUUUCACAUUGCUGGUGCAAUGGAGUGGCUGUGCUUCCGCUUGGAUAUGUUGUCUUCUCUAACAUUUGCCUUCUCUUUGAUAUUCUUGAUCUCUGUGCCAGAGGGAGCAAUUGAUCCAGGCAUUGCGGGCUUAGCAGUAACGUAUGGACUGAAUCUUAACAUGUUACAAGCUUGGGUGAUAUGGAAUCUUUGUAACAUGGAGAAUAAAAUUAUAUCUGUUGAGCGAAUUCUUCAGUACACUAAUAUUCCAAGUGAGCCGCCUCUGGUGAUAGAAGAAAACAGGCCAGACCGCUCCUGGCCAUCUUUUGGAGAAGUCAAUAUUCGUGAUCUGCAGGUUCGGUAUGCCCCACACAUGCCGCUUGUGUUGCGAGGUCUGACUUGCACUUUCCCAGGAGGAAUGAAGACUGGCAUUGUAGGUAGAACAGGAAGUGGUAAAUCAACUCUCAUACAAACACUUUUUCGCAUUGUUGAACCAGCUACUGGUCAGAUUGUGAUAGAUGGUAUCAACAUCUUGUCGAUUGGACUGCAUGAUUUAAGGUCGAGAUUAAGCAUUAUCCCUCAAGAUCCAACCAUGUUUGAGGGGACUGUUCGAAGCAAUCUUGAUCCGCUUGAAGAGUACACAGACGAACAGAUUUGGGAGGCUUUGGAUAAGUGCCAACUUGGAGAUGAGGUUAGGAAGAAGGAAGGAAAGCUAGAUUCCACAGUUAGUGAGAAUGGAGAAAACUGGAGUAUGGGCCAGAGGCAGCUUGUCUGUCUUGGGCGUGUGCUGCUCAGAAAAAGCAAGGUCUUGGUGCUCGAUGAAGCCACUGCCUCAGUUGAUACAUCAACUGAUAAUCUGAUUCAACAUACACUUCGCCAACACUUUUCUGACUCUACAGUCAUAACAAUCGCACAUCGGAUAACAUCUGUUCUUGACAGUGACAUGGUUCUACUUCUGGAUCAUGGGCUUAUUGAAGAAUAUGAUUCUCCAGCUAGAUUGCUACAAAACAAGGCAUCAUCAUUUGCAAAGCUUGUUGCAGAGUAUACCGUGAGAUCAAGUUCUAGUUUUUAGAUGUUAAAUGAUAUGUGAUUGUCAAGCUGAGAUCUGCUGCUUUAUGUUGAUGAAAAUUUAGUGCUAGUUAUCAUCCCAAUGUGCUCACUUCAAUGAUGAAAUAUUUGAUCUGACUGGAAUCCUUACUGCAUUUUGGUUACUGUUGGGAGCUGGCAAGUUGCAACCAAGUUAACCGGUCCCUCUAUGGAAAAAUGGUGUAAAUUUUUUUAAAUUAUAGAUUUAUGAAUGCUUGUGAUGGUGUAAUCUAGAAAUGUUUUUUUGUUUGUAAUAAAACUUAAAAGUUCUAUUGCUUCCGCAAAUAGCACUUCAUUUUCCUUUAA